AUGCCACCAAAAACAUCACCAGCGUGGAUUUUGUCCGAACAAAAGGGUAUCGACAGUCUCCAGCUAGUCCAAGACAAUCCCAUUCCCGAGGUUGGAGAGUAUGAUGUAUUGGUCAAGAUCCAUGCUGCCUCGCUUAACUACCGGGACAUAGUCGUGGCCAAGGGCGAGCCUGCACUGCCAUACUUCCGACCCGGCGUAAUCCCCGGCUCUGAUGGUGCCGGGACCGUUAGGGCUGUUGGCGCGAAUGUGAACGGGUUCCAAGUAGGAGAUCGAGUUUGCACGCACCUUACUUCAGGACUGCCGGCCAACCAGCCAACGACAAUGGUUGAUAUCUGUCAAUCUGGACUGGGACACAGCUAUGACGGCACACUUGCCGCUUAUGCAGUUCUUCAUGAAACUGCCCUCGUUCCUAUGCCUGCCAACCUUGACUUUAUCCAGGCUAGUACCUUGACUUGCUCGGGGUUGACCGCUUGGAAUGCUCUUUUUGGAAUCGACAGUCUGAAGCCCAAGAAGGGAGAUUGGGUUCUGGUUCAGGGGACCGGGGGUGUUUCAAUCGCGGCGCUACAGUUCGCCUUGGCUGCAGGAGCCACGAUCAUAGCAACAACAAGUUCAAACGCCAAGGCCGAUCGUCUCAAAUUUCUCGGCGCUCACCAUGUUCUCAAUUACCACGAGGACGCGAAUUGGGGACAAACAGCUAAAAAUUUGACUCCAAACGACCAGGGUGUGAACAUCGUUCUAGAUGUCGGCGGUUUGUCUACGUUGACACAGUCGCUGAAAGCAGUUCGCACCGAUGGACUCAUUGCCCUCGCUGGAAUGCUAGGUAGUGUACCUGAUGGAACUCCAGUGCCGACAUUGAUGGAUUGCUUGUCCAAUUCCUGCACGGUUCGGGGGUUUCUGCUUGGUACCCGCGAUCAGUAUCGUGAGAUGAACAGGUUCAUUGUGGAGAAGGGAGUCGAGCCAGUUGUCGAUGAUCACGUUUUUGAUUUUACGGAGACAAAGCAGGCCUAUGAACUUUUGCAGCAGCAGCGGCAUUUUUCGAAGGUUUGUAUUCGAAUUUAG